UUCUCGCGCUUCUCGAUUGUUUCGUUCUCCCUACUAAGCCUUGGGAAAGCCUGUAAAAAAGGCACUCUUUAAGGGACCAAAUGUGUGGGGGUUUCUAAACUGCACAGCCGUUUUAUAUCUUUAUCACAGAUAUUUGCCAGCCAAGAUGGAGUUAUUUUGGUGGCUACUGUUACUUCACAAGUCGUGCAUGCGCCUCGUGGCUGACCGCUGAGUCAAACUGUUCUACGAAGAGUUCCAAUUUGGUAACGGUUCACAAUCAAGAAGAAAAUGUCUACAUUCAACACCGUCACAACGGAGAGAGAUCUUGGAUUGGACUCAAUGACCGAAGUGUGGAGGGCUCCUUUGUGUGGACAAACAAAAAAAUAAGUAGUUUUAGGUUCUGGGCCCCACAGCAACCAAAUGACUGGAAAAACGAAGACUGUGUUCACACUCUUGGCGCCAAGCAUGGUUACACUUGGAAUGAUGUGCCAUGUACUAACUGUUACAACUACACUUGUUUUAAAGGUACUAAGCGUAGCACUAUGAAGAUAUAUAACCGUAUAUAUCUUAAUCUUCAUUUUCCAGAUAAUGAAUCUACUGAGUUAAAACUACAUUCAAAAAGGUCGAAACACAAUGACAGCAUGUUAGGCAGAUGGUUAGACAGAUUGCUUGAAAAGGAAGAGAGGGUGGGAAACAAUUCGUAUACAUUUGCAUUAAAAAAAAAAUGUUCAUUGACCUAAUAAAAAUGGCCGCAAAAGCCUGAAAUCAGCGUAAUCAAAAGAAGAACGAGAAAGCGUUCAUACGUUGGAACCACGGGGAAAGUCGCGCUAACCUCCGCUUACUUUUUAACCCGGUUUUCUAAACACCUCUUUGCAAAUUAUUAACGAACAUAAGUACAUACGUUAACUCAGGGCACGCUUACGACCCUUUUUGCAAGUUCCUUUUUUCAAACAUUUUUUUUUGCCUUGCCAGUGUACGUCAAUUACCCAACUACACCACAGUAUAUUCUUUUUAAACAGGCUUCGUUAACUAGAAAAGUCACGUUGUUUGACAAGAAGCCUCUGUGUGCUUACUUUUUAGACUUGGACGAAUGUACCACUGGUUCCCAUUCCUGUGACGUCAAUUCCGUUUGCCAGAAUACCGUGGGUUCAUACAAAUGCUCGUGUAAUGCUGGGUACACAGGAGAUGGAAAACCUUGCAAUGGUAUUUGAGAUACAGUUGAUCCUCCAUGUGCGACCACCUCUUCAAAGCGACCCAUAAGUCGAGAUGGAGCUAUACAUAUCGUAACUUUGAAAUUGCACACAAUAAAUUGUUUUUCAAAGAGACGACCUACUCUAAUCUGAAGGUUGUUAAACAAGACGACGAAACCAUUGAAGGUGCAAUUUUUGUAUGCAAAAGCUCAACACUGUCAUGUCAUUUUGGAAAAAAAGCCUAAAACCAUAUUUAUUAAAACAUAAAAACAACAAACAAGCAAGAACAAAAAAAAUGGAUACAUUCACCUUAGCGACCAGGUGUAAACCAUCAGGUAGAUUUAAUAUUAGUUAUUCUAACGCUUUACGUAACUUACAAUUCUCAUGCAGAUAUCGACGAGUGUUCUAUCAACUCUCACAGCUGUGACGUUAAUGCGGUUUGCAGCAAUACUGUUGGAUCGUACGCAUGCGCAUGUAAAGCAGGAUUCAGAGGCGAUGGAAAAACAUGCUCUGGUAAGCUGUUGCGGUGUUGUGAAACACGCUUCCAAAACAAUGUGUGUGCCUGUAUUUUUUGUAUUCGAUCUUUACAUUUAAACAUGUAGAAGAUGAUCGGCAUAUAACCUCAAUGGUUCGAAAUAACAAUUACAGUAAAACUAGAAAUACGUAUCUCUCGCAAAAUUUCACUAAACUCGGUCUUGCACAAUUGUCAAGCCCAGCCGGUUAGAAAUUGAUUGGGUGACCAGGCUCUAAUCUGUCGUUAGACCUGUGACUCCUUUCUCUCCUGUCUUCUUUUUUGUUUCUUUAUUCUAUUUGAUUUUUAAAUGCGUAUUUUAAAGCAUAUUCAGCAUCAUUUCGGCUUAACCUCAAAUCAAAGAUAGAUUUUAGGGACGUUCAAGGUUUUUUUUCCGUAAAACCCAAACUGAAACGCACGUCCGACAAACAUAUCAUAACGAAAUUGAUCUAUAGUAUGCCAACCGAGCAAACGGGGUACUUUGCUGUUAUAUUUAAUAAAAAUUCGUAUUGAAUCGUUAUGCAUUUCAGAAAGGAAAUUUACUCCCUCGAAUACUCCCUCUUACUAUAGCUGUUCUGAUAUAGAGCUAAGAAGAGGAAGUCUCACGUAUAAGCUAUCGUGAGACGUCCUCGCCUUUUGAGAUUCUUUCCUUUCGAAUUGUGUUUAUUACGUGUAAUUUAAUGUUUCCCCCUCCCUUUAUAUAUAAAAAAGGCAAAAAAAAAAACGGAUUACCUAUAGUAUAUAGUUAAGCAGGGUUAGCGCAUACAGAAAAUGAGGUAAAUGACCUUAUUGAUCUUGAUUUUGCUGCAUCACUAAACAAGAAGGCUUCCUCACUUUUUUCGCCAGAUAUCGACGAGUGCUCUACCAACUCUCACAGGUGUGACCUUAAUGCGGUGUGUAGUAAUACUGUUGGAUCUUACGCAUGCGCAUGUACAGCAGGAUUCACAGGGGAUGGAUUCACAUGCACUGGUGAGCCGUUUGAGUUUAAUUACGUUUGUAUGAUAUGUUCGCUUUUAGAUUGAACACCAACGGCAGCAAUGCAAGAGUCUUUUGUGCUCUUCUCGCUUUUUACAGUUAAAGUUUUGGUUUGGUAGGAGUUUAAAUUAAUUUUAAUAUUGACUGUAUGUAGUAAGCAAAUAGAAAAGCGGAGCCAAGCAGCCAGUUCAUAUUAUCGGAUACGUGGAACGAUGGUGAUUGCUCAAACCUGCGAUCAUUUUUUAGGCUUAAUAAUAUACUCGAAAAAAACUACUCAAUUCCUAUUGGCUGAGAAAGGAGUGCAUUUCUUCUGUUACACGAGUGCAAAUUUGUAACACAAGUGCACAUUACAAACGGUUUCUGAUUGGUUGAAAACAAAAAAGAAACCAGCAAGAACCAGUCAGAUUAGAGCUGUUUUAAAAACAAAAUUUAAGAAAACGGCCAUGGUUUUCAGCAAACGACGAUUUGAUUUCAUGUACGCAAAACAACAAUAGAAAAGUUAAAAAAAAAUUCCAAAAACUUAAACAGUGAAAAGAACGUCCUUCCGGCUAAAUGAGAAACUAAACAAGCUACUUAUAACGGACUACGCUAAAGUAGAAAAUAAAGAACCAAAAAGGUGACAACCACACGCAAGCCAUGACAGCUCCGCUUUUCAGGCAUUUAAAUGAACACGGAUACAAGUUUUCCAUGAUAACAACAAGGACUUCAAGUCACGUCAUUCAUUUUUUGGACGAGGAAGGGGUCCGGUUGCUCUCUUUAAGUCUUUUGUCGAGCAAAGACCUCUAUUAAAACAUCCAUGCGAUUGUCUGUUUUUUUCUUCCUCGGUAGCAAACGAAACCGAAAAUUUAAAGAUCUGGUUCAAACUAAACCAAUGUGCGAAAAUACCAUAACUAACAUUUUAAUGAAAGUGUCCGUAAGUGGUAGUACUAGCCUUAAAGAAAGUGAAAAAAAAGUUUACGAAUCAUGGUGUAAGGAAAACAACAGUCAGAAAGCUGACGAAAGCCAACCUGAUAUAUUGUAACUUCAGAAUAUACCACCACUGUCAAAAGCCAAAGAGGUAUAAAUUUCCUCAACGACUACAAUGAAGCCGACGAAGAAGAGCGACGAUGACUCUCUCUUGCAAUAUUCAAAUGAAUAAUAAAAACCCCAGCGCUGAGAAAAAACAAAUAUUAUAUUAAUACUGGCGGGAGUUUCCGACAUCACAACAACUGUGGCUCCACUCACCCAUCUAAAAAAGGCCGCAAAAGUCUGAAGUCGGCGUAAUCAAAAGAAGAACGAGAAAGCGUACAUACGUUGGAACCACGGGGAAAGUCGCGCUAACCUCCGCCGCUUAUACUUUUUACCCGGUUUUCUAAACACCUCUUUGCAAAUUAUUAACGAACAUAAGUACAUACGUAAACUCAGGGCACGCUUACGACCCUUUUUGCAAGUUCCUUUUUUCAAACAUUUUUUUUCCUUGCUAGUGUACCUCAAUUACCCAACUACACCACAGUAUAUUCGUUUUAAACAAGCUUCAUUAACUAGAAAAGUCACGUUGUUUGACAAGAAGCCUCUGUGUGCUUACUUUUUAGACUUGGACGAAUGUACCACUGGUUCCCAUUCCUGUGACGUCAAUUCCGUUUGCCAGAAUACCGUGGGUUCAUACAAAUGCUCGUGUAAUGCUGGGUACACAGGAGAUGGAAAACCUUGCAAUGGUAUUUGAGAUACAGUUGAUCCUCCAUGUGCGACCACCUCUCCUAAGCGAUCCAUAAGUCGAGCUACACAUAUCGUAACUUUGAAAUUGCACACAAUAAAUUGUUUUUCAAAGAGACGACCUACUCUAAUCUGAAGGGUUCUUAAACAAAGCGACGAAACCAUUGAAGGUGCAAUGUUUGUGUGCAAAAGCUCAACACUGUCAUGUCAUUUUGGAAAAAAGCCUAAAACCAUAUUUAGUAAAACAUAAAAACAAAAAACAAAUAAGAACAAAAAAAAUGGAUACAUUCCGACCUUAGCGACCAGAUGUAAACCAUCAGGUAGAUUUAAUAUUAGUUAUUGUAACGCUUUACGUAACUUACAAUUCUCAUGCAGAUAUCGACGAGUGUUCUAUCAACUCUCACAGCUGUGACGUUAAUGCGGUUUGCAGCAAUACUGUUGGAUCGUACGCAUGCGCAUGUAAAGCAGGAUUCACAGGCGAUGGAAAAACAUGCUCUGGUAAGCUGUUGCCGUGUUGUAAAAAACGUUUCCAAAACAAUGUGUGUGCCUGCAUUUUUUGUAUUCGAUCUUUAACCUCAAUGGUUCGAAAUAACAAUAACAGUAAAACUAGAAAUACGUAUCUCGCAAAAUUUCACUAACUCGGUCUUGCACAAUUGUCAAGCCCAGCCGGUUAGAAAAUGAUUGGGUGACCAGGCUCUAAUCUGUCGUUAGACCUGGGACUCCUUUCUCUCCUGUCUUCUUUUUUUGUUUCUUUAUUCUAUUUGAUUUUUAAAUGCGUAUUUUAAAGCAUAUUUACCAUUAUUUCGGCUUAACCUUAAAUCAAAGAUAGAUUUUGGGGACGUUCAAGGUUUUUUCCGUAAAACCCAAACUGAAACGCACGUCCGACAAACAUAUCAUAACGAAAUUGAUCUAUAGUAUGCCAACCGAGCAAACAGGGUACUUUGCUGUUAUAUUUAAUAAAAAUUCGUAUUGAAUCGUUAUGCAUUUCAGAAAGGAAAUUUACUCCCUCGAAUCACGCCCCUUCUUACUAUAGCUGUUCUGAUAGAGAGCUAAGAGGAAGUCUCACGUAUAAGCUAUUCUGAGACGUCCUCGCCUUUUGAGAUUCUUUCCUUUCGAAUUGUUUUUAUUACGUGUAAUCAGAAACUCAUAAGGGGUUGAAACGUGCAACUCUCAUAUGUUUGCUUUUUGCGAUGCUCGUGCUUCACGUAGUUUACGUUCCCGUACCCGCUUAAAAAAAUGGCCUACUAACCGGGGGAAAACUCCCAAAAGCCGAGAAACCUUUUAAAGGUCGAAACCAGGAAUCUUACCGAAAUACUGAGCAUGAUGUUAUUGCCUUGCCACCCGGGCCAAAUGUAACAUUGUGAAACCCACUGACGCUCUCGCAACUUCUUGAAGUUGUCACUUCAAAAGAAAGAUGCCUCGUUGACCCUUUGAACAGUAAACUAAAAACUGCAAAUAGGCUUUUAAAAUUCUUAUAUUACAAGUCUAGAAUAAACUGUAAAAAAUAUUUUCGAGUAAAAUUCAUUAGCUUCGUACAGAAAAGUGUCCAAACCCUGAACCUGACAUCUUCGCAAAAAGUGAUGCGUGUAAUGAAUGAGAGAAACAUUUAAGCUUAAAUUCAGCUUGGAUGUUGUAGUCAAGAUCGUGUGUUGAGCUAAUUUUAUGAAUGAACAAAGUCAAAACAAUAGACAGAGAAGCCGUUUCUUGAAAAUUUUCAUUCAAAAUCCAAAAGGUUAAUCUUUUAAAGCAAUUCGGAAAACACUAUUUGGAUCGUGGAUCCGUUCACGCAAGUGUACGGAGCCCUAAAAAAGUGAAAUCGACUGAGCACAUGGCAAAACUCAACACAAAAUCCAUCUCAAAUCAGGGUACAUUUUGUAAUUUUUCUUUAACACCGAAGAGAAAAAUUUAUAAAACGUCUAUGAAACAUUUAAAAAUACAUAAAUUCCGUUUCAAAAACGUAAUUGUCUUGGCAAUAGAGUGCAAAAUGUACCUGAAAAUUCAGUAAAAACUUCGCUGUCUUGGUUGCAUUUAACGGACCAUGCACUCCGACGUGAAGAAAACAAGGUUGAAUUCCUCGAAGGACGAUUUCUUGAUGAAAAGCUUCCCUUCCUCCACAAAAAGAAAGCUGAGUAUUCUUUUGAACUUUCUCUUUCCACUUUUUGUCUUUUAACGGUGUAUUUUUAACCUUGAAAUGCAGAACUCUUGCCUCAAAACAUCUGCAUGGUGAUAGUGCGGCAGCCAUUUUGUUGAAAAUGGAUAUCUGUCACUAAGGUUUCCUAAGACGGUAAAAGUGAAUAUUCAGGAGCAUUGAAUGCAAGUUACACGUUUCAACCCCUUAUGCGUUUGUGGUGUAAUUUAAUGUUUCUCCCUCCGUUUAUAUGUAAAAAAGGCAAAAAAAUCGGAUUACCUAUAGUAUAUAGUUAAGCGGGGUUAACGCAUACAGAAAAUGAGAGUAAAUGACCUUAUUGAUCUUGAUUUUGCUGCAUCACUAAACAAGAAGGCUUCCUCACUUUUUUCGCCAGAUAUCGACGAGUGCUCUACCAACUCUCACAGCUGUGACGUUAAUGCGGUGUGUAGUAAUACUGUUGGAUCUUACGCAUGCGCAUGUACAGAGGGAUUCACAGGGAAUGGAUUCACAUGCACUGGUGAGCCAUUUGAGUUUAAUUUCGUUUGUAUAAUAUGUUUGUUUUCUGAGUGAACAACAACGACAGCAAUGCAAAAGUCUUUUGUGCUCUUCUCGCUUUUUACAGUUAAAGUUUUGGUUUGGCAAGAGUUUAAAUUAAUUUUGGUAUUGACAGUAUGUAGUAAGCACAUAGAAAAGCGGAGCCAAGCAGCCAGUUCAUAUUAUCGGAUACGUGGAACGAUGGUGAUUGUUCAAACCUGCGAUCAUUUUUUUAGGCUAAUAAUAUACACGAAAAAAACUACUCAAUUCCUAUUGGCUGAGAAAGGAGUGCAUUUCUUCUGUUACACGAGUGCAAAUUUGUAACACAAGUGCACAUUACAAACGGUUUCUGAUUGGUUGAAAACAAAAAAGAAACCAGCAAGAACCAAUCAGAUUAGAGCUGUUUUAACAACAAAAUUUAAGAAAACGGCCAUGGUUUUCAGCAAAGGACGAUUUGAUUUCAUUUACGCAAAACAACAAUAGAAAAGUUAAAAAAAAUUCCAAAAACUCAAACAGUGAAAAGAACGUCCUUCCGGCUAAAUGAGAAACUAAACAAGCUACUUAUAACGGACUACGCUAAAAUAGAAAAUAAAGAACAAAAACGGUGCCAACCACACGCAAGCCAUGACAGCUCCGCUUUUCAGGCAUUUAAAUGAACACGGAUACAAGUUUUCCAUGAUAACAACAAGGACUUCAAGUCACGUCAUUCAUUUUUUGGACGAGGAAGGGGUCCGGUUGCUCUCUUUAAGUCUUUUGUCGAGCAAAGACCUCUAUUAAAACAUCCAUGCGAUUGUCUGUUUUUUUCUUCCUCGGUAGCAAACGAAACCGAAAAUUUAAAGAUCUGGUUCAAACUAAACCAAUGUGCGAAAAUACCAUAACUAACAUUUUAAUGAAAGUGUCCGUAAGUGGUAGUACUAGCCUUAAAGAAAGUGAAAAAAAAAAGGUUUACCAAUCAUGGUGUAAGGAAAACAACAGUCAGCAAGCUGAAGAAAGCCAACCUAAUAUAUUGUAACUUCAGAAUAUAUAUCACCAUUGUCAAAGGCCACAGAGGUAUAAAUUUCCUCAACGACUACAAUGAAGCCGACGAAGAAGAGCGACGAUGACUCUCUCUUGCAAUAUUCAAAUGAAUAAUAAAAACCCCAGCGCUGAGAAAAAGCAAAUAUUAUAUUAAUACUGGCGGGAGUUUCCGACAUCACAACAACUGUGGCUCCAUUCACCCAUCGGCGAUGGCAGCGUCCAAAGAAAACAAAUUUCCUCCUUCUUUUUCGGGUUUAAUUAUCAAAAAUUUCUCCAGGAAUCCAGCUAUGAUGAAUAUACUCUCCUUAAACAGAAAACAGGAGCAUCCACAGACUUCAUAUCAAACAUCGAAAACGUUCGAAUAAUAAUAAUAAUAAUAAUAAUAAUAAUAAUAAUAAUAAUAAAAACCCACGCAUCAGGCCACCAGUCGCUCGUAAAGGAAGCAGCUAAGUAUGCUGAAGAACUCAACAUCACCCUUCAGCUUGAUACCCUAAAUCCCGUGUGUGUUACAACAGAUGGAAAGGUGGUAACCGCAGCAAGAGCUGGGAAUCUGUUGAAGCAAUCUCAAGAGAAGCAGUUCUUGGAGAGCGCUAAAGACAAAAAGUGGCAAGGAAAGUUAUUCCGUAUCAGAUGGGAAGAUGAGAGCCUAAGCACAGCCAGCUGCUUUGCAUGGUUAAAAGGUUGGGCUACAUGCCCUACACAUACCAUCGCGGGCAUGUAUGAACUGUAUGAGCAGUUGUUACCUACGAAGCUCUACACAAAGGAGAAGACGCAAACCUCCACCGACGGCGAAGUUCUAUGCAGGUUAUGUGGGAAGGUAGCUGAGAGCGUUGCACAUGUACUGGCUGGAUGUUCCUCCCUGGCACAAACCAAGUACCUAUACAGCCAUAAUGCAGCUUUGAAGAUUCUGUUUUUUGAGCUCCUGCGAGAGCAUGGGUUAAUGGAAGAGGUUCCACCAUGGUACUCACCGGUGAUGCCAAAACCAGCCUACCAGAACACCACGAGUGAGGCGUUUUGGGAUAUUCCCAUCUAUGCAGAGCACAACGAAGUUAGAGCAAACCGGAUCGACGCGCGACUUGUCAACCACGAGAGGAAAGAAGUCUGCACAAUUGAAAUGAGCUGCCCAUGGAUUGAGAGUAGAGCUAAGAAAGAUGAGGAAAAGACACUCAAGUAUGGGCCCAUGAUGUGGGAGCUGAAGCAGAGAUACAAUGGUUACAGGGUUGAACAGUUCAACGUAAUAAUUGACGUACUGGGGGGUUACUCUAAACACCUAGAGAAGUCGGUGAGGAAGCUACUUGGAGCGAGAGCACGGAGCGUACUUGAGCGAAUGCAGAAGUCGGUCAUCUCAAACACUUUAAACAUUGCCAGAACAUAAAUACUUAGUUAGGGCGCUAUGGACUUCAGUUUUUAGGUUUUUGUUUUUUCUCUAGAAAUCUAGAAACACAAGCUUGCUGACGUUUUUAUUUAGAUUUUUUAGAACAUUAGAGUGUGAUAUUAUUAUAAAUAUGUUUUUAGUAGAGAUAGCGAAGGUUUUACAGAGUAUCAGAAUUUCAUAAUAAUCUAAAUUGGCUUUUUAAGUAGAGAGAUUUAUAUCACUAUGUAUAAGCUUUUAGUAGAGAUAGCGAAGGUUUUACAGAGUGUCAGAAUUUAAUAAUAUUCUAAAUUGGCUUUUUAAGUAGAGAGAUUCUAUCACUAUGUAUUUUAGGAUUGUAUUAGGUUUCGUAUCGACCUUUUUUUACUUCUAAGUAUAGCUUCUCAAGUGGUGUAGGUUACGCUAUGCGCCCUACACUACUCAUAAUGUGGACAGCAUUCCAAAGUUUCAUACUGCGACAUAAUUAUUAUUAUUAUAAUGAUAAUAAUAAUAGUGAUGAUGAGGAUGAUAACAAAAUUAGUUUCCACUAAAAACUAAACGGACCAAAACUGUUUACAAACUCAUCAAAAUAGCCAACAAAACUAUUUACUUGAGAUGUAAACAUCAAGACUUCAUAUCAAACAUCAAAAACCUUCAAAGAACGUUUGAAUCAGUUAUGCAUAUUGUUUAAAUUCAACUACUUAUUAGUAAUUCGCCUUUUGAACGGAUGAAUGGUCAGGACCACGAAUAAUGAGUGCAGCUAAGGUGUCUCUCCCAACUUUAAAAACUUUUAAUUAUUAUUACUAUUAUUUAUGUUUUCAGACGUAGACGAAUGCACAGCUGGUACGCAUGAUUGCCAUAAGUCAGCAACUUGCACGAAUAUCAAAGGUUCUUUUACUUGUUCAUGUAACCCUGGUUACACGGGCGACGGCAAAACCUGUAGCAACGGUAAGCUGUCGUAACCUACUAGGAACUAAAUCUAUCUGGAUUGCUUGUGUUGUAAAUCUAACUUUGUCUUCCUUAAAAACACAUAUUGGCUAGUAAGCACACUUCGAUGAUCAAUGCUCAUAAAAGGAUAAAGAAAAAGAAAUGAAAAUGUAAUUGGGAGCUGGAGGCACAUUGAUUGGUAGGAGCUACAGGUAAAGUGUCUCCUAAUUGGUCGCAAGAAACAAUGAUAUUUCAUUCUUCCAAUUGUUGCGUUUGAGGUACGAGAACGCAACCCCUAAUUUUUGUUGGGUGUUCUGUGCAUUAUUGGAUGUCCUGUGCAAUUAAUAAGGAAGAUUUUUUUGAAAUUGCAUUUUCGUCGUCGUCGUCGACACACAUUUGCUUCGCUUUUGAGGCGCUUGCAUACGUUUUGCCUCACUUUGACGCGCUAACUCAUGUGGCACUUCUUGUGUCCUCGGCGUUCAUCUUUCAAAGGUUUGCUGAGGUCUGAUAUUCUGUGAAGUCAAAGCUUCGUAAAGCGCUCAUCUUUUAAAAAGUUUGCUGAAUCUUCGUAAAGCGUACAUCGAUCUGUGUUUGCUGAAUCGUCCAAAGCGUUCAUCUCUCAGGAGUUUGCUGUUAAAUUUUACUUUGGAUUCAGAGCCUUCAUACUUUUUCGCAUGGUUCAUCACUGUCUUUGGAAAAUUUUUGCGACUCCUGGUGCAUGCAUCAAACCGGGUCUAGUUCGGAGGCCGUUGUGCCAAAAAGUAAAUUUACCGAGUUAUGUAGCUCGGCGGCCGUUGUGUCAAAGUAAAUCUACCGAGUUGUGUAGCUCGGCAGCCGUUGUGCCACAAAGUAAAUCUACCGAGAUGAGAGAAGCUCGGCGGCGCCAUUUGAUCAUGACUUGUGAUAUUUUCGGCACCGGACAAACGAACACUUUAACUCUACGUUAUUUAUUAGGAAAAACUUGUAAACCAGCCAACAGUAGCCCCACUCUCGACUCACUGAAAUCAACACGCGCGACCAAAUUACUGGAAAAGUUAUUGACGUGAGCCGCACACACGUUCCCUUGAAGGCUUUGACAGGGGCAAAGUUUGAAUUCAGAUGUGAAAGCUUUUAAAACAGUAAAUUCAAUGUAAUUCAUUUUGUCAACAAGUUGAUGAUUGGAUGCUCUUAAAAAUAACAGAGAAAAUUAUCCGAAGAAAUGUUUUUGAAGAAAGAAAAAGAAUCCCGGGUUAAGCACUAAUCGGCCUUUGAGCAACUGCGCCCUGUAACUCACGCCAGUAAAACAAAAUGUUCCAUUUACACGCCCGACGCACUCCGGCCAAUGUCUCCUCCGAUUACAAGCACUUGACACCGGCUUACUGUAGUUUGCGAAACGAAAUGGAGCGAAACGAAAGGAAACGAAACGAAAUGGAACGAAACGAAAUGAGAAUCUGUAGUUUGCGAAAUGAAAAUCUGUCGUUUGCGAAAUGAAAAUCUGAAGUUUGCGAAAUGAAAAUCUACAUUUUUGAAAUGAAAAUCUGUAGUUUAGGAAAUGACAAUUUGCUUUUCUCGCUGCGUCUACUCGGAUAUUCUAAACAGAAAUCCCCCCCCCCAAAAAAAAAGCCGUUUGCCCCCAGAAAUUCAGAUUGCGCGGAAUGUUUGACGUUUUCGUUGCCACGUAUAGCAACCGGAAGCAAGACCUCUUCCCUUUUUUUAUGCCUUGACGCCACUAUAGUUGUAUUGAUAAGUGUCAUUACUCUUAUAGAGACGAUCUGCCUGAAAAUUUGCCCAAGAGCCACUGCCCAAGAAUGCAAAAAGUCCACUUCCGGUGGCUGUUAAAACGCCUUAUCUUAACCAGAAGCGUCACGCGAUAUUCAAACGAACCGAUAAAAUACAUCAUUGUGGCUUUGUUGUUUACUUUCGAACAUGGUGGUUUUAGCGUUUUGUAUAGAUAAACAAAUGCAGGAAAAAAAAGUAUUUCCAGCAGAAGUUUUUGUUGUUUAAGUGUCAUUUGACGGUAGGAAUUCCCUUUGGAGGAAAGUCAUUGUUUCUUCCUGAUAACUGCAGCCUGUUCAUCCGACAUAAAGAAUAUCACAAGCAACUAGCUACAGAUACAGGCUAAGGAGCCUUUCACUACAGCAAUCCAGGCGUAAGUAUAGCUUCUUCUCUAGUUCAGCGAAAGCAGCUGGCGGCUUCAAACAACUUCAUAACAACCUUUGCAUAGCUUUUGCAUGAGUUUCUGAAUGGCGACCGAGCUGACCGAGGGGAUAGUUUUCCGCUAUUGUUCUUAUUGUUCUCCUAUUGUUCUUCAGUUUGCAACUGCGCCAAAAAUCCAAAUUUCGCAAGCUGCAGAUUUUCAUUUCGCAAACUACAGAUUCUCAUUUCGCAAACUACAGAUUUUCAUUUCGUUUCGUUUCGCUUCAUUUCGUUUCGCAAACUACAGUAAGCCCUUGACACCGAACCAUACGAUAUCUUUUGAAAACGUUCUUAUAAUGAUACACAGUUUAAAUAAAGGUUUCGCUGUACGCAGCCCUUGCGUUCAAAAUAUGCCAUAAUCAUAUUUAUCUAUACCGCAACCACCCUUCCGCCGCAACUGCAACCUGUACGCCUAACAAACAUAUCGAACGCACUCUCCUAAGCUCCGAUUACUUCUAGUUUUAGUAAUAAGUAUUGUUUGGGGUCAGGGAAACACACCAUUGGUGACUUCUCUUCCGAGCAGCUGCUUCAUGAUUGAUUCACGGCUGCCAUACCUCACAAUAACAUAUCAUGAUGCCUUCAAAAUCAACAGUACUGUAGUACACGAAAAGCUAUACUACCAAAUCCAAAUUAUUCAUUCGUUGCAAUCUUAAGAUCCAAGGACGGCGACAACUUUUUCUCUUUCGUCUACGAUCGUUGCCAUUAUUUCCACCAUUGAUAACCUAGCCUUUAUGUAAUAAAUUCCCUGAACGCAAAUAAUAUAUUUUUUUAAUUAAUUGUAGAAAGAACGUACUAUGCGACAAGUCUCCUUUCCGCGAGCCAAAUUUUUAAUCAGACUAAAGACUCUUUCGACAGCUGAAGAUAUUACUAAAAAUGAAUAAAAUAAAUAAAUAAUAAUCUUCAUUUCUUAACAUAAAAUUACAUAUCCUAAGUUACAAUAUAAACUCAAAAAACUAUUUACAUAUCAUAUCUAAAAAUUAUUCUGUUACUAAAAACGUUCUUAAACCUCUCAGUGUAGAUUCUAGGGACAGAGCCUGACGUAUUUCUGUGAUUGUGCCUCGUGUUCUUUUCCUUAGGUAAAAACUGGAAGAGCGGACAUUCGGGGUCAUUCGAUCUUUUUUUGUAGAGUGUCUUGUCCGCCUUCUCUAGCAAGUCCCUGAUAUUUACAUUCUUGGACAUAAACUUUCUUUUCAUACACCGGUCUAAAAAAUUCUGUAUUACAGAAAGGUCGGAAUCUGAGGCACCAUAAACCGGCAGAGCGUAAGAAAAAUUUGGUAAAACUAUUGCGUUAAAAAGGUGAUCUACUUCCUCCUAGGACAUUCCUUCCUUACGUAAAGAUCCUAAUACGAAUAAUGACUUGUUCGCCUUAAUUACCUUCGCGUGCACGUGACUACUGUAUUUACAAUUUUGUUGGAAAGUAACACCUAAUAUGGAUAACUCUACGCACUGCGUUCGCACUGCGGUAUAUUAGGGACUUUAAGAUCCAACGGCGCGACGGCGACAAGAACGUCGCUUAAAAAGUGAAUUUGAGUUUUUUCAGUCUUUAUAGCGAUUAUUCCUACCCACUUACUUUGUCAAUUGUAGGCGAACCCUCCUGAAGCUGAAUUUCAAGGGACCAUAUUCAAGCUCAGAAAGAGAAACAAAAUUUCGUCGUUGCUUGUUUACGUCCUCCAUAAAACGCGAAAUUAGACAUUUUCACGUCGUAGUCGUGCAAAAACAAGAAAGAAAUGAACAAAAAAGUUUGUUGCACGUGCGAAGUUGUUGUUUUGCUAAUUAAACCUAUUGUUUUUUUUGACGUUCUAGUUGUCGUCCGCGUCGUUGGAUCUUAAACUCCCUAUUACUAACUGACGCGAUGUCCUGACUGAAACCUUUCUUACGGAAAAUAAUCUCCUUGCAUUUUGUUGGAUUGCAUGUCAUGCGAUUGCGGCUGGACCAGCUAAGAAACUGAUCCACCAAGUCAGUGCGACACUGGCCGUUUCCCCAAAAAGGGACGAUAAUUGUAGAAUCAUCAGCAUAUUUAAACAAGGCUGGGCGACCUUCUAGAUUGAUUUCUAAGUCAUUAAUAAACACGUGUGUCGUACCCCUAUUUACCUCACGCCACUGUCCUUCAAAACCGUUAUAAACUACUCGCUGCUGGCGUUUCUCGAGAAAGCUUAAAUACCAGUUCACAAUAAGGGGAUUCAAUGGCAACUGCCUAAGCUUAGAUGACAGGAGUUCAUGAUUGACACAGUCAAAUGCUUUACUAAAAUCCAUUGCAAAUACUCGGACGGCUUUGCAGUCUUGCUCUUCUAAAUAGCUGUAGAUGGUGUGCUGCAUGCUCAAGAGUGCAUCAUUGCAACUCCCCCCUGUCGUAUAAGCAAACUAUGUUGAACACAGAUGCUGUUCGACAAUAUCUCGUGCAUGGGUGUUAUACACAGAUUUCUCGAACGCGCGUGCAAUUACAGGCGUGAUCUUAAUUCCUCUGAAGUCCUGCUUGCCCUUAGGGAUGUCGACCUUAGGGAGGGGCGUCACGUGGGCCCUUUUCCACGAGGAGGGCCACUUGCUAGUUUUCAGGGAAACAUUCCAGAUCUUACGAAUGACACUUGUGAAGAUCUCAGCGUGAUCCCUCCAAAUCCAAAAGGGAAUGAGGUCUGGUCCCAUAGCGGUUUUCUUCAUAUGUUGUAAGCAAUUCCACACGUGUCUUUCUGAUAUCUGAGGGGCUUCUAAGCUCUUAUCCACAAUAGCUGGUACAGGCUUCGUAUAUGUGUCAUCAGUGCACCUAUCGGCGAAGUAGUCGUUUAGCUCCUCCAGUGAUUUAGUGUCCAAUGUAACGUUAGCAGAAAUGCUGCGUCGUUGGGACAAAUUAUCUACGUGCUUCCACCAUUCUCUGGAUCCGACAGGUGCCUUUGCGAGUGUUCUUCUGUUCUUACUAAUCAAUUCGCUUAUUUUCCUGUUAAUCCCAGCCAGCCGAUCUUUAUUGCUUGGAGCUUUUCUUGACUUUACCCUCAUUAACGAUUUUACUAAGGGUGUCAUCCACACCGGAUCACGCGAUGACAUGCGCACUGACCGCAACGGCAUACACUCAUCCAUGUGGUGUUUAAUUUUUGCUUCCAAAUUAUUCACUGCCCGCCUCGACAUAUUACUUUAUUUCUCGAUUACUUGAGAAUGUAAGUAAUAAAUCUCUGUCGGCGGUCCGGUCCGGAGGAAAAUCAUGAUAUAAUUUGACAGUUCUAUUGUCUUUAAAAGAGAAAAAAACAGAUAACGCUCGAGAGUGCGCAUAAUUGGAGCGCCGUCCCUUUAAGCGAUUGUUUUCCUACAGGCAUUUUCUGGCUUGCUUCAGGCGCAAGCGAGCAAGAAACCGGAGCACACGUUACCUGCAGAUUAGCCGAUGGCAAUUUGGAGCGGAUUCGUUGAUUAUUCUCGAAUUUAUAGCGUUUCGCGAGAAGGCGAGUGUAGAUGGUCCGUUUGUUUUGUAGCCAGCCUUUAAUUCUUCUUUAGUGGAUGGUACCUACAAUUGCAAAACUCAACAAAAUGCCACUUUAAUCGGCCAGGAAAGACAAGGAUACGUUCAGUUAAAAGUAUGUUAGCUUUGUUUUGUUAUAUUUUGACUUUUGGACUGUUUUAGUUCAUGGGAGUUUCGACGACAUGUGAAUAUUAAUAUAUUGACACACACUAAGUCUGGGCCGCCUGUGGAUUAGAGAAACUUUUUUUCCUUUUAGCGAGGAGCUCUGUAGCUUUACAUUCAACUCUCUCUAAGUGGGACACCUUUGCCGGGACCGACCAUGACUGUCUGUCUUAGACAGGUGUCGGGCUUAUAGAGGGUCUAGGUAAGGGACGGACCAUGGGGCGGGCGAAGUACCAAAAAAAAUUCGCGCAAGGGAAAAUUAAAUUAAAAAAAAUUCUUGCACGCCAAUUAACCCUAAGAAAUAUUCAUGCAAGGGCCUGAAAAAUUUCAUACAAGGAGUUUGAUAACGAAAAAAAAUUCCUGCGGCUAGAAAAUUCCCCUCCCCCCCCCCAUAACUUUUCUUAUGGUCCGUCCUUAACGUGACAUCAGUAAUUUUAAAGCUGAGAACCUAUUUGCAAUCUUUUGAUGCACGCCAGUCUGUUUAACUUGACAAACCAGCCAAACUGGAACAUGGUAACAGAAAAGUGGAAUUAUUUCCUCAUUGUGCAGCAAAUGUUCAUUAAAAGCAAACGUUCACGGCUUUGUUGUCUAACUGGACGGUUUUAUAGAUAAUACCCGUACUGAUUACGAGCAGAAUAAAAAGGUUAAACCAAACGAUGAACUCCGAGAAGAAGAACGAUCCAGAAGUUACAAUGCCACGGUCACCAACUUAAUUUGUAGACUGAACUAGAGGUGCAACACGAUUUAACAACUUUUCGACCUUCGGCGUUCUUCAGAUUAUGGUUAAAAACCAAAAACUAAAACUAAAACUAUGUACAGUGAUUACUCAUGGAUACUGACUACAGACUUAUAUAGGUUACCGAAACUGAAUAGGACAAACAAAUUACGUAAUGGUUACGUAAUAAACCAAAAAAUUAGCUAGAGACAAAACUCCAAGGAAAACUACCCUCCACUAACGAUCGGCUUAAAAAAGAAUCAUUGACUGAAAAAUAGAACCUGAAAAAAAAAAACAAAAAAAAAAAAAUAGCAACGAUAAAGUUAAAGGGACAAAACGAAUUCUCAGUUACCUGUUUCUAGGAGUCGUGGUGCCUGUUUGCCCAAAGUAGUGGGGAAGGUGACAAUUUGGUUUAACCAACGCAAAUAUUGUCAUUAGUUGAAUACAUUAGUUGUAGAGUAUCAAGCUCAUAUAGCAAAGUAAACUGAUGAUAGGAAAUUGGCUUCCUCAACACUUUGGCCACCAGUCAGUUCGCUCUCAAUCAAAAAUCACUCUUGGCAUCAAAUACUUAAUAAUAGGCAAGAGCUGUCAGUUUUGGUUUGCUAAGAUUAGUGUGUCGUCUCAAGCCAAAGUGGGCAUGAAUUGAAGAGCUUCGUCCUUGAGAUGUUCAACUGACACUGAGAAAUUUCCUGAUGAGUAGAUUGGAGUUCCUAAGUACUGAGUGUGCUUUUUUACAACGUAACACUAAUUUAACUAUCUAAAUUGCAUGGGAAAGAGAAUUUCAACAUUUUUCCUGGAGUGUACUGAAAACCAUAAUGUUAGCUCACAUAGUAAUCUUUUUUUCCUAAGGGUCUGUAAAGCGGAUAAAUCUGUGCGUAAUAUAAGUCUAGAGAGAAGAUAAAUUGUACAGAAAAUAGCAACUUAAUUGGGUACUAUGAACUUUGUUGUUCUGGCCCGAGUUGUUCGAAACAUGGAUAACGCUAUCCACAGUUUUAAACAUUUCAAACAGUUUUUCAUGACCCUUUUAUUUGGCUUGCUAACUAUGUGAGACUGAGCUUCCUUGUCGAGUCUCCUUUUUUUGUAUCUAGCCUUCUUUAAAACUAUUUUAGCUGCUUUAUUCAGGGCUUUUGGUCUUCCCCUUAGUUUCUUGCCUUCAAAACCUUCAUUUCUCCAUGAUCAUUCUACAACCCAACAUUCGGAUUUUUCCAGUUUUUUAGCAACUUCUACAACAGAUAAGCCAGUAAAUCGAAGUAUACAGGCUUAUGCUCUCUCGCAGCUGAACGUUUUUACGUUAAGGGGGUUUAUCGUUAGUGAUAUUCACAAAAAACAAGGAAGGAGUUCGAGCGAUUCGGGCUAUGAAAUACAAAAAAUGUGUGGCUGGAAAAUAUACUCACGCACGCGCACCUUUGGCGCAGAAGUACACAAAUCGACUAUUAUCGAGUCAAAAGAUGCCACAACAAGUAUGAAAAUAGUGAAUUAUAUUGAAAGAAACAACUUUUGUUGAAAAGAUUUGCUUACCAAGUCCAAUCGUUCUGAAAUACAUACACCUAAUUGCAAUAAGGUUGUCAUAGAAAAAAGCAAAAAGAAAAAAGUUAAAUAGGAAUUAAUUUUCAUAGCUUGCAACAUUCACAACACACACGCUUAUAGCUGAAUAUUAAUCUCGUAAUAUGAGAGAAAUCAUUUGCAUCAGUUUCUUAGUGUCAUUCCCAUGCAGUUCCAGGCUGAUUCACCUAGCGAAUUUCAAACGUGCUCAAAUUACAAACGUACAUCGGAUAACUACUAAAGAAAUAAUUGCUUCAUUUUUUUAAAUAAAUGUAGCCUGGGGUAAAUUCCAGGAACGCGACACGUCUUUGAGUUUAGUUCUAAAUAGAAAAGCCAUUUUGCGUAUGGUUUGCAGUGCACAAUACCAUCUGAUCAUAAUUUUCAAGCAGCAAAUCAGGAGCGAAGGCAGGACUUUUCAUCGGGGAGAGGGUGAGGGGGUCCUCCGCCACUUCCUCACCCGUGCCACAAACCAAGCUUUGUUUGUCAGGAAUAAUAGAUUGGCGACUGAAAGUAAUCUUUUUUUCCUAAGGGUCUGUAAAGCGGAUAAAUCUGUGCGUAACAUAAGUCUAGAGAGAAGCUAAAUUGUACAGAAAAUAGCAACUUAAUUGGGUACUAGGAACUUUGUUGCGAGUUGUUCGAAACAUGGAUAACACUAUCCACAGGAUAAAUCACUAUCCAGUGGACAGCGUAAUUGAUCUCCGUUAUACUUAUCCGCUGGAUAGUGAUUUAUCCGGCGGAUAACGCUAUCCAACGCUUCAACAACCGGGGCCUGAAGUUUGUUUCAUGUAAACCCGGUCAUUUUACGCUUUUCACUUCACUCUGUUCCAAAACAGCGUGAUAAUAAAAAAUUGCACUUAAUAGUAUUUACUUCAAUUUCUUAGUUUCCUUAAAAAAGUGUGAAUGCUGGCGCAGCCGGUCCAAGCGUCCAUCUCAGUCAGGCUGGAACUACUUUAACAACAGAGUUGACGCAAUCGAUUUCCAGACAAAUGGUGACGUCAUUCUAUCAGGGUACCGUCUGUGGGGAGUUGGCAGUGGUUCAACUACUUUUCAAGUCGUCAUUCGCUUAUACCGUGGGAGCAGCUUGAUCGCCGAAAAGACUGGGUCCUACUAUACUAGUUCCAGCGUCAAAACGUUUGAGGUGCAUUUUUCCCAAAGGAUCGCUAUCCGUGCUGGUGUGUCAUACACUGCAACUGUUAAAAAAACAACAAGUGCAACAUCUUUUUAUCUCGACGACGGGAUGGCAAGUACCUCGUGUUCUGGUGUCACAGUGAACUUUAAGUCCUCCUCAAAAGACUCAAACGGCUCUAGACAGUCGCAAGGUCAAAUACCAGCAUUAAUUUUCCGUUCCUCUCAGUGCUGA